UCCCUAGUAUCGCGGUAAAUCCAUUCAAUAACUUUUUUAUUCUAAACUAGUUAAAAAAUUUGGAAGUAUAAAAACUUCAGGAACAUCUUUGUGUAGUUUUCAUUCAGUAUGCGCGGCAAAAUUUAAAAAUAUCAAACUUCAUGCGUGACUACAUUGAACAUCGAGUCUUGCAUCUUGUCGCCUAUUUGAUCAAUUUUCUAAUUGCUGAGAUAUGUAUAUAAAUUAUUUACAGCGAAUUGUUAAUGCAAGUUAAUUUAUCAUUAAAGCAAGAACUUUCGUAAUCAUUUGAUAAAACUUGACAUUACUCGCACAAACUCUCUAUGGCUAAAGCGACGACGUGCAGAGAGGCUAUUCAAAGAUGGGAGGAAAGAACGGGACUCGUGGCGAGUGAACAAAAAGAGAUAAUUUUAUCAUUUCAAUGGCCUCCAAUCGAGAAAAUGGACAGCAGCUUGGCGACAUUGACUAACGUCGAAAAACUGUCCUUGUCGACGAAUAUGAUCGAGAAGAUAAGCGGUAUCAACACACUAAAGUAUUUAAAGAUCUUGUCGCUCAGCCGAAACAACAUUAAAACGUUCUCAGGAUUGGAGGCAAUCGGAGACCACUUGGAAGAAUUGUGGAUAUCUUACAACUUAAUUGAGAAGAUCAAAGGCGUCAUUGCACUCAAAGCACUCAAAGUUCUGUACAUGGGCAACAAUCUAGUAAAAGACUGGGCGGAAUUUAAUCGUUUGCAGGAGAUACCUAAUCUCCAAGAGCUGUUAUUCAUCAACAAUCCUAUAUGCGAAAAUAUGGACGUGGAAUCCUGGCGUAUGCAAGUUAUAAGACGGUUACCCAGCCUGAAGAAACUCGACGCGAUACCGAUCGUGCACACCACGUACAAUACAUACAUCAGAUAUUUCAUCGAAUCACACUUCUAAAAUUCUUACAUAAAGAGUGGUCACACAGAAGUGUAUAAAGUUUUAUGACCUAUA